AAAAUUAUGUAUAAAUCAAAACAAUAAUAAUAAUAAUAACUAUUAUAACUAAUAGUUAUUACAAUAUCGGUUGAAAUCAAUCGGACGGACAAAUCGGGACCAAAAAAAACAAUGGCAUCGAAAAAAGGUCAACCAUUGUCACAAUUGUUACCGAAAUCUAGUCGUCAUUUUGCAAGCGAAGACUACUGGAACAAGUUCUUUAAGACCCGAAAGGAUUCGUUCGAGUGGUACGCCGAGUGUCACCAUUUGGCCGGACUGUUCGGUAGAUAUGUCAAACCCAAGGAUCCGAUUUUGGUGAUCGGUUGCGGCAAUUCCUCCCUAAGCGCCGACAUGUAUGACAUGGGAUUCACUGAUAAUACCAGUGUUGACAUCAGCGAAGUUGUUGUCGAACAGAUGCGGACAAAGUAUAAUCCAAACGAUAGUCGACGACCAGGUCUUCAGUUUCACUGUAUGGAUGUGUUUGACAUGAAGUUCGCGGCCGACCGUCGAUUUGCAGUUGUUGUUGAUAAGGGAACUCUCGAUGCAAUUGCAUCGGACAAACAGUCUUCAGCCACUAAUGUCUGCAAAAUGUUUGAACAAAUCGAUUCAGUACUCAAACCGUUUGGUCGCUAUCUGUGUAUUAGUCUUCUUCAGAGUCAUAUACUCAAGUUGUUGAUGAAUUGGUUUACCAGAAACGGCAAUUGGCUUAUAAGGAUCGAGAGACUGGAAAACGCCGAAGAUAUGACACGAUUGCAGUCUAAUGAAGAUUCACUCGUUUUGCCUGUAUUUGCAGUAAUUUGUACGAAACUGAUGCCAAAACAACAACUGCAACAACAAAACGAUGUGAUAAUUGAGUUGAAUUUAAGUGAAACUAAUGAUAAUAAACCGAAACGUCUGAACGAUAUCGACUCAGUCUUCGAUGCCAUUGAAUCCGUUCAAGAGUUUGCAUUCAUACAGCACUACAUCAAAAACAUAGACAUUGCUGAACAAGAAGACGAAGUUUAUCUGAAUUUGUUUGACGAAAACGAUUCAUCCAAUCCUCGAUAUACACUGUAUUUCUCGAAUUAUGCUAACAAAAGAUCAAAGUCUGCGCUGAGUUGCGGUGUAUUUAUAGUACCCGAAGGCCGGGAAAUUGAAUGGCUGUUCGGCACUGCCAAAGGUCGCAUCGAACUGACCAAACAGUCGGGUUUCGAGCGAUUAAUUGUUGUCCAUCUCAAUCGCAAUCAUAAAUUCACUGAUAUUGACCAAAUCAAAAACGAAUUGUCGCCGAAAAUCUUGGAAUUAGUUCCGAAUAGUGUACUAUCAGCUGAUUAUAAGAUACCAUAUCUGACUAUUGGCGAAGAAGUUGGCAAACGAAUUGUCGUACAUAAAGGCAAAAGUGAUUUGAGUGGCGAUUAUGUGGUCGAAGAGAUAUUAAUCAAUAAUAGUAAUUAUCGGAGACUUAUAUUUUUGAGUAAUAAAAAUAUUAUACAAUCGGAGGCCAAACUCAAGACAGUUAAGAAGGGAAAGAAAAAAGUGUCAGUAGUUGAUCCACACUAUCUGUCUUGUAGUCAUCACGAGAUUAUUACCGCUGGACUUACGUUAUUACCGAAUGAUUUGUCGAAACGAUUUGAUAUAUUGUUAGUCGGUUUGGGCGGCGGAUGUCUGUCGUCGUAUAUCAUCGACAAUAUUAAAACUGAUGUGCAAUUGAAUAUCAAAGUCAUUGAGAUUGAUCCGGCCAUGAAAGACAUUGCUGGUAAAUGGUUUAAUUUCCGAACCAAUAAUAGUCAAGCAAACAAUGUUAAUGUUGACAUCGAGCUAUUAGAUGGACUCGACUAUAUCAACAAAUUAGAUCCAUUGGUUCAAUCCUAUGAUGCCAUCAUAUUUGAUGUCGAUAGCAAGGAUGUUAACGUUGGACUUAGUUGUCCGCCGAUGCCGUUUCUUGACAUUGAUUUUAUUGGAAGAAUCAAAACUAUUUUAUCCGAAAGAAAUGGUAUAUUUAUAUUGAAUUUGGUUUCGCGUAAUGAAGAUAUUAAACUAGAUGUCUAUAAACGAUUGAAUAGUGUUUUUGACAUCACAUAUGUGUAUCCAAUAUAUCAAGAACUUAAUGAAAUAUUGUUUGCAUUUUCCAAAUCACAAUCAGUUCCCGAUUGGCUAAACCAGAGAUCGGUGGCCAAUAAAUUGGGUUUUAUAAACAAACAUUGUUUUUAUAUACCAUUUCUUAAAGAUUCAUACAUUGAUUUGUGUGGCAAUCGAUUCAAUGUAUUGAAGACCAGUUGA